AUGCAGGUCCCCGCUCAUUCCUUCGCCCAGGCGUACAACGGCCUCAGCCCUCGGGACGAGUGCCCCUCUGUGCACCCCGGCUCUCCGGAUUUUCAGUUUUCUGCAACGGACUCGCACUUCGGGGGGAAGUACAGCAUCUUUACAGAGCUUCCAAUUACACGUAAGUUCCCGACUCCUGACGCCCCCCCUUCUGAUAUCACAUCGAGCGACGACGAAGAAAUUAACAUUGAGGUGCUGCACAACUGGCCCAUCACUCGACGGGUCUUUGGCGCAUUACUGCAGGACCCAGAGUUUCCAAAAGUCUACUGCCACGCCAGGGAAACCAGGCUUUCACCGCAAGAGUGGGUGCAGCUAAGGGGGUUCCUCAUCCACCAUUCGAAUCUCCUCCGUUAUUUUUGGUUCGACUACGAUAUGACCACCAACCGCCUCAUCUCCGGGUCCCCCGGGCCCCUUCAUCAAGUCAUACUCCCAAUGAUCGACACCAUGUUGAUCGAGCCGGUGAUCACGCCAUGGAUGGAUCUACUCCGCGAGCACCUCGUCCACUCGACGCUGCAGAGGCUUACGGACAACACCGUGAUCUCGGCGGGGCAAUUGACGGUGCCUGACCUCACGAUCAGGUUGGUUUUCAGACCGAAGGUGGCGAGGACGAGGCAGUACGACUUUGACCUUCUGUCGGUGGAGAAUGCGCACACCCAGUCCCGCAAGGCGGUCUUGGAGAAGACGGCGAAGCGCAUGGUCAUCAGCACGGACCAGCACACCCCAUGCGUGGUUGUACCUGCCGAGACCGAGGCGGCAGCGGGGACGGCGGCAGCGGAGGCGGCGGCGAGCAAGGGUGCGGAUAGUUCUGGUUCGGAUGCGGGUUCGGGUUCAGGGGGUGGAUCGUCGCUCUCGGCACUCACGUCGCUCAGUGAUGAGGGGUCCCAGUCUCAGGCUGGAGCCGGCGGUGCAGUUUUCGACGCACACGGUGAACUCUCCGACUUGUCGUCUCUCACCCUUUCGCAGCCAGGAGCCGGCUCACAAGUCGACGACGGGGCGCCAGCGGGAGAGAAGAAAUCAGCUCCGAAGAUAUACCUGGCGUCAGCGCAUGUUGUCGUGAUCAUCGACGAGAUGACACCUGCGCAGACCAAGAAGGCUCUCGGGGAUACCUUCCACCCUCCCACCGGCAACAUUUUGCAGGAGCUCCCUCUCCCAGACGACUGCGUCUCCGGUGGGUGGGCACACAAGGGCGAGAUCUAUGUCGGGCGUACGCACGCGUAUCUGAUGGCGUUCCAAGGGCCUGCCGACGGCAGGCUCUUGAUGACGAGGGCGAGAUCCUUCACGAUGAAGGACUGGGUAGACUGUUACAAGGCCCUGCCCGUGCGAUCAAACUGGAAGACGGCCUCGGCGGCGGAGCUCGCACAACGCGACCUCUUCUUCUCCGAGACAUGGGACCCCAUCAUGGGGGAGAUGCGACAUCAAAUCUUCAAGCAUGCGGUCCUGUGCCUGGACUGGCUACGCCAUGACCGGGAAAAGAUCAGGCGACUUGGUGAGCAGGAGGACGUCUUCAAUUUUCGGGAGCCAUCCAUCAGCGAUCCAUCCGCCGUGAUGUUCGCUGAGCUUCGCGACGCCGCGAGGGACUCGGCGCUGGAGCGCAUAGCCAAGGGCCAACCCGACGAAGUCCAGACGGCCCAUCAGAGCUACGCCGCAGUCCCCUUGCAAGAAGCUCUUGCGCACAGCAGACUAGUCAGGAAGCACGUUGAAGACAAGAACUACGACGAGGCCGACAGGGAGCUCAAGAGGAUGUGCUACGGGGAGACGGUCCCUGACGACAUCGUGCCCGAUUCGGACCCGGAGGCGCAGGGGGAUAUAUCGUUCUCCAGCGAUUCUUCAGGGCCUAGCGACCUGGCCCAGGACUCCGACUACGAUCCGAAGGGGUAUGGCAAGCAGAAAGGCGUCAAUCGUCGUCGCUGA